UGUGCUCCGCCGUCCUCUGCCGCUGGGUCGCUGGUGAUGCCGAGCGCAGCGCGGCGCUCGUACGUCUCUCUGUGCCCCUGCAGACCGCAGCUAAAGGCGAAUGAACCGGGGCGAGAGGCGCGGAUGUGAAGGAUGGAACCUCCGGGCCUUUUCUCCUCGCGCGGACAGCUGUAACGUCGGCAGACGCGCGCGCGGAUUCACGGAAAAGGGUCGACGUUUGGCGCUUUGCUGUGUUUGACAUUCAGCGACAGGAUGAUCGAGGAAGGCAGCAAACGGGGCAAGGCCAUGGUGGAGAAGAGACAGCUCUUCAUGGAAAUGAGAGCUCAAAACUUCGACGUAAUCAGACUGUCGACCUACAGGACGGCCUGCAAGCUCCGGUUUGUGCAGAAGAGAUGCAACCUUCAUCUGGUGGAUGUCUGGAACAUGAUCGAAGCCUUUCGUGACAACGGGCUCAACACGUUGGACCACAACGCAGAGAUCAACGUGUCGCGGCUGGAGACCAUCCUGUCUUCGAUCUACUACCAGCUCAACAAGCGGCUGCCCACCACCCACCAGAUCAACGUGGAGCAGUCCAUCGGGCUGCUGCUCAACUUCAUGGUGGCCACCUACGACAGUGAAAGCCAUGGGAAGCUGACGGUUUUCUCAAUGAAAGCCAUGCUGUCGACAAUGUGCGGAGGGAAGAUUGUGGACAAACUACGCUAUAUUUUCUCACAGAUCUCUGACUCAAACGGAGUCAUGAUGUUUGCAAAGUUUGACCAGUUCCUCCGAGAGGUGCUGAAGCUCCCCACAGCCGUGUUCGAGGGCCCUUCCUUCGGCUACACGGAGCAUUCGGUGCGGACGUGCUUCCCUCAGCAGAAGAAGAUUAUGCUGAACACGUUUUUGGACGUGUUGAUGGCAGACCCCCCCCCUCAAUGCCUCGUGUGGCUGCCGCUCAUGCACCGACUUGCCAAUGUUGAAAACGUCUUCCAUCCGGUGGAAUGUUCGUACUGCCGGAGCGAGAGUAUGAUGGGUUUCCGCUAUCGGUGCCAGCAGUGCCACGGCUACCAGCUCUGCCAGAGCUGCUUCUGGCGCGGCCAUGCUAACGGUCCCCAUAGCAACCAGCACCAGAUGAAGGAGCACUCCUCUUGGAAGUCUCCGGCCAAAAAGUUGAGCCACGCGAUCAGUAAAUCUCUCGGCUGCGUCCCGAUCGGAGAGCCGCCACAUCCUGUCUUCCCCGAGCAGGCAGAGAGACCUCAGGACCUCACGCACACUGUUCAGCCGAAACCAGCGGCCAACAACAUGAACGACACAAUGCUCAUGUCCUCUGGGGCACCAACACCUACCAAAAGUGUGUUGGAGAGUCCCAGUCGGCUAGAUGAAGAGCACCGCCUCAUCGCUCGCUACGCUGCCCGCCUGGCAGCCGAGGCGGGGAACUCCACACAACAAUGUCCUCCAACGGAUCUGGGUUUCAACUUUGAUGCCAAUAAGCAACAGAGGCAGCUGAUUGCAGAGCUGGAGAACAAAAACAGGGAGAUCCUGCAGGAGAUCCAGCGGCUGCGUUUGGAGCAUGAGCAGGCGUCCCAGCCGACCCCCGAAAAAGCUCAGCAAAACCCCACGCUGCUUACUGAGCUGCGGCUCCUCAGGCACCGGAAGGACGAGUUGGAGAGGCGCAUGUCGGCCCUGCAGGAGAGCAGGCGGGAGCUGAUGGUGCAGCUGGAGGGACUCAUGAGGCUGCUAAAGGAUGAGGAGCAGAAGCAGGCUUCCCAGUCCGGAGGCUCCCCUCAUUCCUCCCCCAGUCACGGAGCGGGCUGCUCCAUGCCCAUGCCCAUACGCUCCACCUCGGCCGGCUCCACCCCAACUCACACACCGCAGGACUGCCUGGCAGGGGUGGGAGGGGACGUGCUCGAGGCCUUCGCUCAGGGUGUACCUAGAAAUCUUCGGAAUGAUCUAUUAGUUGCUGCUGACUCAAUCACGAAUACCAUGUCGUCACUGGUGAAAGAGCUGCACUCAGUUGAUGACGUGGAAGACGAGACCAACAUGAGGAAUGGUGGGGACAGAGGCACAUUGAGAGUACCAAAGCACUGAGGACAAGCCAACAUCCGCCCACCCUGUGAGGACACAAAGUCAUCGACUGGAAAUAAUCAGUGACAACAAUAACAACAACAACAACCGCUGGCAUUAGCACGUUGAGUAAUGCAUGCUGUAAUCUAACGGGAUUUCACUAUGUGAAAAAAAGACGUCUCUUCACACCUUGCAGGUAGCAAGAUGUGUCUAAUUAGCGAGUGUGUGUGUGCUUGUCCUGUAAACAAAAACUGCUGUGAUUAUUUAAUGAUUUCCCUCAUGAGUGAUAAGGAAUGGCUUGCUGUGCUUUCUCCCAUACUGUUCCAUGCAGCAGAUCAUUCUGUACGUAGAAUACUGUAAACACAUGACCACGGGAACGCCCCGAAAUGAAGCUGACAAACAUGCUCCCUGUUAGUGACUUUGUAUGAUUGGUUUUACUUAUUUAUUUUUAAUCAUUUUUGCAUGAAGUUGCACUCAUGGGUUUUGGACUUGCUAUGCCAGCUCUCUGUGGGGUUGUGAUGACUGCUGGAAUGCCAGAAUAUGUCUUGUGUCAGAACAAAACAAGUGUGUUCACUUUCAGAUACGUGUUAGGAAGUUAGUUAAAAGGUAGAAUUAGUAAUAUGCUCCAGUUUCAGUUAAUAGUUUGAUCUUUUAGGAAAAACACAUCUUUGCCUACUUUUUGAGAGAUGACAUUGACACCAGCUCCUAUUUAUGUCACUGUGGAUCCCAAAAGAAACUUAGCUCAGCAUACACCUGCAGCUAUAUAGCUUAGCUUAGUCCAGCUUGGCUCUGUCUUCUGGGAAAAUAUGCACAAACCAGCGCUUCUAAAUUGUAGAUGCUGGCGUAGGUCUUGGACGAGCACAGUGAUUUCCUGCAGUCUUGAGGUGUGUUUUUUAUUUAUCUGUUUUAUGCUUUGUUUUAGGUUAAAGGCGAUAUAGCCAGAUGAGCUCUUUUCCCCGCGUCCAGAAUAAUGCUAAGCUAAAGUCAGGCUGUAGCCUCAUGCUUACUUACAAACAGCAGACUGGUAUCAAUCUACUCAUUCUACUUUUUAAAUACGCUUCCUCACAAAAUGUUUAACUAUUCUCUUUGAUUAGUUGCUGCUUUUGUCGGGAAACAGUUGCGUUUCCAUGGUAAUAAUAUUCCUGUGAAUGCGUGCAGGGAUAUCUCUUAUGACAGUAAAAAGACAUGCAUAAAUCGUGUGUCCCGUUGACACGGUAAUCAGGAACGAUGGCUGGCAUCCAGGACACUGCGCGCAUGUAAACACACACACACACACACACACACACACACACACAAUGAGUCACACACUGCACCGCUGCUACCACUCAAACAAAUAACAGGGCUGUGCGAUUGAGCUAAAACCAAGGGGCUACCACAAGGACAGAAAUGAGCAGUCUCCCUGUGACUAACUGUGACUAGCAGGCAGCCUCAGUUUCUAUUGUUUCAAGCGUAGGGAAGCACCUCAGGAUGGUUAAAGUGGGAUGAAUUAGACAUCCAGUUUUAGCUGUGAACACCUGUGAGGUUAGUCAGCAAGCGAGAAAUGCUUCAAUAGCUUUCUUCGUUAAUAAAGGAAUAUUGAAGAAUGUUUAUGUGUGAUGAAGGUAGGUUCUAGAUGAAAUAUGGUGGUAAUGUCCUUCGACUGCUCAGUCCGAGAGGUCAAAGGUCAAGGGCGAUCAAACGAAGAGAGGGGUUUUAUUCCAAAACACACAGCAAGUGUUAUUCAUAGAUUGAACUCGCUGGUCAUACUUGUCGUGACAGUUGGUUGAAACUUCCUGAAGUAGUACAUACGUCACUCUCAUGUGACCAGUCAAUUUGUCUAAUUCUGGAAUGAAACAUUUGAAUGAAUAUGUAGAGGAAGAAUACAACAGCAAGUGAGUAGAAGCCGGGGAUAGAAUGUGAACUACUGGAAGGAGAGAAGCGCUAUUUGAUGAACCAUGUUGUUGAAUAUAGUUUGUCUGUGUGUUUGUUCAUUUGUGUCAAAAGCCAACAGAACGGAUGUUCAUUUUGAAUCAGGUUAUCUUUAUCAUUUGUGUCUUCUGGUUCAAUGUUUUUUGUCCUUCAGGGUUGCCAUUCAUCUCAAACACAGGAAAUGUUAGAUUUUUUUUUGUGAUAAAAGGUCUGGGAGCAGUUUUAGAGUAAUAUGAUUCGCUCUCAAAAGGAAGUAAUAGCAGACUGAAUCACACUGAAAAGUAUCAUGUUUUUGUUUGGAGAUCUGUGCAGUAAGCCCAUCCUACAAUAUAAGGGGAGUAUAAGGUUUCAACAACCUGUUACACUGUGUCAAGAAAAAUAACUAAAAGAGGCUCCUCUUAUUUACAUUUUAAAUGUGAUGCUUUUACUCAGUUCUCCGUUCUGCUCUUGGUUAUUAUCGUUUAGUAUUAGUGGACUAUAGUCAAUGUAAUUUGUCAAUAACGGAGAAUCACAUGCUCACUCGCGCUUUCAUAGUUAGCCCAAAUAUAAACGAUCACUAUGAACGUACUGUCACUUUAAAUUCUGUGGCGACAGCUGUCAACAUGCUUAGUUUAUUCAGUGGACAAGGUCCAGAGAAGAUUCAAACUUAAAGAAAUACUGUCUUCCCCUUCAUUCUAGCCAUGCAGCUGAACUCUAACGUUUAUGUUCAUUCUUUCGGUUUGCGCCUGUAGCUGUUCUGUAAUAGUGCUGUACAAAGUAACCAUUCAGCAAACAAGAUGAUCCAUCAGCCUUUAUGUCCGUGACUUAGAAUUUAUUUAUUUAUUUGAUGUGUUCUGGGGGGAAACUUGUGCUCAGCCUUUACAUUUGUGCCAAACUGUUUGCAGACAUUGUGUGUCAUGAAAAUGACAGGUAUAUAUCAAAGUAUAUCUGCAAGUAUGUUGUUGUUGCCCAUAGUUUAUUCACUGAAUGCCUGGAGAUGUUAUUGGUUUCCACUGGUGGAAAACAACAUUUAAGUGUUAACAAAGGCAGACAACACAUUCCAAAUUAACUGAUAGACUCACUGAUGUCAUUAUAGCCGAUGCAGAGGCAAUACUGUACACCCUGUGGGAACAACCCGGGCUAUUGCAAAUACAACACAGCCGGUCACACCGAGGUGCAAACAUUGUGAGCCUUUGACUGAUGCACAGAGACGGCGUGCAAAAAGGUCGCCCUCGACGACAACGCUCCCCUGCUGUUAUUUAUCUGUGUGUGUUCUGUACGGUUACGCUUCUGGUUUGUUUCUCAUGUUGAUUUUACAAAACAGUUUUAUGUCACAAAGCCACUGUCUUUUGUAAAUAAAUCAAAUGUGAGAUAAACUAAAAAGAUUUAAAACAUG